AUGUCCAAAGUACUGCUGGCUCUCUUUGCCUUCCUCUCUGUGGUGUCUGUCCAGUAUCAGCCAACCUGGGAGUCACUAGACUCACGACCCCUCCCCUUGUGGUAUGAUGAGGCCAAGUUUGGUAUUUUCAUGCACUGGGGGGUAUACUCAGUGCCAAGUUUUGGAACAGAAUGGUUCUGGUACUACUGGAAGACUGGAAACCCUGCAUUUGUGGAGUUCAUGAAAAAGAAUUACCCGCCAAAUUUCCAAUAUGCUGAUUUUGCUCCAAUGUUUAGGGCAGAAUUUUUUGACCCAGAUGUUUGGGCCCAGUUGCUAGCUAUGUCUGGGGCAAGGUAUAAAUAAAAUUAUAAUAAUUAAAUUUUUUCUGUUACAGCCUCAAGGUAUAUAAAUAAUGUUACUUCUCAAAUAUUUCUGUACAGCAACAGCUCAGGAGCCUAGCUAACCACCUAGAAAAUUUACUGCUGUACAGUCACGUUUUUUGGCUUGUUUUCACAUUAGAGUUUUUAUUAGUACACUUUAAUUGCACCCAGAAAUCAAAAAAUUUGUCAGCAGUAAAAAAUACUGACAGGAAAAUGGUAUUUUGAUGGGAAAAGAAUGUUUGCCUGACUUUUCAUUACCUGAAGAGUGAAGGUUACAAUUUUGCAGGAAAGUAAUCUGAGAUUUGCGUAAUAUAUUAAACUGGCCCAUGAUUGAAAAUUCCAUGACGUAAGCCUAGUAUGGGAUGUGCAUUUGCUCUGGGUUCUACAAACUCCUGUACUGUGUGUAAGUACAUUUAUGUAUAAUUCAAACAUUGAUUAAUUUUGCUAAAAAUACUUACAGUAGAUGGAGUGGUGUAUUUCAUUGAUUGAGAAUCUAGCAGGGGCGUAGCCAGCCCAUAGACCAAUAGGCCUAGGCCUACCAAUGUUUGGUUUGAUCACUCUAUCAUUUGUAAUAAAUUAUGCAUUAUUGGGGUGAGUUAAAGCAUUUAAGAGCUCAAAGUUUAGGUGUGGUUACUGUGAGCUAGUCUUGCGUGCAAUCAGAAGAAUUAUAAACAAGCUUUGGUCAGGAUGUGGAAAUGAAAUUCUGACCCACAGUCAGCCAGGCCUACAACAAGUUGAAAAGCUAGUUAUACCCCUGUCUAGUGACUCGAGGAUCAGAAGUACAUUUGAUGUGUCUAAAACAGCAAUUGUAUUGGGUGGUUUAUUUCAGACCAUGCACCAAUGCUUUACAAGGUCUGACCAUUUCUGUCUAUUUCCUGCUUGAUCAUUAUGUAGGUAUGUAGUUUUGACCAGUAAACAUCAUGAAGGUUGGACAAACUGGAGGUCUAAUGUCUCAUGGAACUGGAACUCUGUUGACAAUGGACCCCACAGGGAUCUUGUAGGUGAGGAUCCUUUUUUAAAGUAUAUUAGUUUUCAGUUAUUGUGGAGUGGUGAUCUGACUUGAAAGCAAUUAUUUUCCAUGGGUUGGGUGGGGUGGGGGGUUCAGAAAUAGGGUCAGGAUUUGGAGAAAUGGGCUGCACACCCUCACCAAGAAUUCAUAGGAGUACUCCCCCCUUGAUAUUCUCACUUUUUGAAAAACUCAAGCAUAUUUCCAGCCUUAAUGAGGAUUAUAAAAGAAUAGAUAAAGGCAGUUAACACUAUUUCUUUUCUAUUGACAGGUGAUCUUGCCCAAGCAAUUCGUAAGAACACAAACAUCACAUUUGGAUUGUACCACUCACUGUUUGAAUGGUUUAAUCCCAUCUACUUAAAGGACCAAGCAAAUAAUUACAUGACUCAAGAUUAUGUUAAGGUGUCAGCUAUUAUUUGCAUUCUCUUCCCAUCUACAGACUAAUUUAAAGUUCAACUUCAUACGUUUUUUUAUUAUAAGUUUGGUUUUUAGAGAAUUCCUCUCUCCUUUCAUUUGACAAAAUCCUUUAUUGGUGGGAUAGUUUGGUUCCUCGAAGACCACAUGUUAAGAGAGAGUCAUUCCCGGGUGUGGUGGGGGUACUUGUAAACAUUUUAGACUGGAGGCCCCGCCCCAAGGUCCAACCCCUUACCUUUUUACCUACUGGUUUUGACAGAAAGGGUACCCCUUUCCUGUACCUUUAAUUGACAAAGAGUACCCCUUUCACAUACUAGCUUAGAGGUAAAACGCUGCAUCCCUUUUAACUGACUGCUGUAAAUGCACUGCAGGGUGCAAAGAAAGUCAGUUUUACAGCCUGCCAUUCGGGCAAGCUGUAGCAAGUGUGUACUAGCCCACAAGUCAUUUCGACUAGCCACCAAAACCCUUUUUGAUUAGCAGGAUUGAUUACAAUCCUUCUGUAAUUUGAAUUUCCCCAAAAAACAGCACUUGCCAGUCGGGCUAGUUAGGAACAAAAAUCAAUAGCCCGUUAGCAAAAUCCACUAGCAUCGGGCUAUUGGACACAAAUUUCUUUGCACCCUGCACUGACUUUUAAGUGUAAAUGAAUUACACUAAACCAGGAAGUUUCUUGUCUUUUUCAUAGCCAUAAAAUGCACCUGUUAGCCCUUUUAGGUCCUAUCACAGUCCACAAUGACAAAUUUCCCUAACUUUCUUAUACUUUAACUAGUGAAAUCCCUACCCUUUCGUAUACCUGAGGCCUAAAAAAAGUACCUCUUUCGGGUGGAGCAUCCCCAUAUUGGCCAUUACAGGGAGUACUUCCCCUGGCCGUCAUCACAAUUCAGGAUUGUGACAGUCUUCUUAUUUUAGGAAGUGCUUCUUCCUGAGUUGUAUGACUUGGUCAACACCUACAAGCCGGAGUAUAUUUGGUCAGAUGGAGCUGUAGGACCAGAUACAUACUGGAUGAGCAGAGAGUUCCUUGCUUGGCUUUACAAUGAAAGGUGAAUUAAAAAAGGUAGCCUGCUUAGCAUAGGCGUACGGGCCGGGGGGGCGAGGGGGGCUGCAGCCCCCCCAAAUUUUGGGCAACUCAGAUUUUUUGGGCAGCGAGAGAAAAUUUGGGCAAAGCCAGUUUUUAAAGACGUCUCCAUGUUUAUUUAAUUAUUUUAAAGACCUGAAUAUUAACUUGAAGUCGGCGUAGUAAUCCAGUUACAUUACAGUGGUUGCUUAGCAUGUGAUGAGUAAUUUACAUAUUUGCAGUUUUUUUGUUGGGCACUAUAGUGCACUGCACUAGCUGGAAUGGGCUAUUUCGAGUCGUGAAUUGAUUAAAAUAAACUUUCGCAUAACUUUCUAGAAUCAUCUCUACUCGAAGAACAGAGUAUGGCAGAUAGCAUUUGGUAAUGGGCAUGAAAAUGAAGAAGUGGCUGACUAAUUCUCAGUUUGAAUUACGAGAAGAAUUUUAAUUCAAAAAAUCCAUCGAGCGGUUUAAAAUUAUUCGCUAAUUUGUUAAAGUAGACCGAAAUGUUUACAAAACCGCUAACAAGAGUGUCUCGAGGCCUUCGUUCGAUUCUAGCAAUCAAGCAGAGCUAUCUCCACGAUCUUUCACACGUCUCUAAAAAGAUUAAAACUACUAUGAGGUGAAAUUGCAGGUCAAAAGCGCUUCCUUUUUUACAGAUAACGGCCAAAAAUCAAGAUUUUCCUGUUCUUACCGUAUUUCUAAUAAUAAAAACUUCAUUCCAAAAUAUCUCGAUAACGCUCUUAAGGUUUUGAGAGGCGACCGUAUUGGAGAAAAAAGCUCCUGUGAACGAUUUUGUAAGGUUCCCGUGCCGGGAAUCAUUGCUGAAGUAAAAUAGGUAAUGGGCGGGGGAGUCAUUUCGUUGUUAUGACAACUCUGAUGUCAUUGCAACCCUGAUGAUGACAAAUUUUCAUCUUAAUACAACUGUGGUCGCAAUUUUUCCAAAUGUCUGUUUAUGACGACGUAGUUUAUGCUCAGACUUGGUAUUGACCCUGAAAAACCGUAUCGAGCCACCUUCAUUUGCCAGGACGGCCUAUGUUGUUGCAAUAUGGCCCUCAUUUCUUUUCGACUCUUUCGGAAAAAUUUGGGCAACUUGAGAGAUUUUUUUGGGCAAAUGGUUUACCGCCCCCCCUGGCAAAAAAUUUCCCGUACGCCUAUGCUACUUAGCAGGUGUUUCCAAUCUAGUUACUGCGUGAAAGUUGGAGCAAGCUCACUACGCAGGCUACAAAAAAGGCGUAACACUCUUGUGAGGCUUAGUCUCUCACCCAGACGUUCUUUGGGCUCGUCACGCUGGGAAGGAACACAUGACGGGGCCCUUAGAACGUCCCUGUUAGGGUAAAAUUUUAUCAAGCGAGCUGGCAAAUGCAAUAGCGGCAAAAUGUCUAAAAACAAACGUAAAAGGCAUUAUUCGACAUAGGAACUAAUAAAAAAGUUGAGUCAUAUUGAGGUAAACUUGAUCAUCCCUGCCCCAGGGGUAAGGUGGAGCCAUUAAAUGGGAAGGGGUGUGCCUGUAUGAGGACAAAAAUCCCCACACCUUUAACUUGUCAUUACCCCUUGCCUGCCAUUCAAGUAAAAGCUAAGAAAUAAUUUUUUAAAAAAAGCUGUUUUUGUUAAAGAACUGUUUGGUUUGGUUGACAACUUUUGUUACUUUUAACAAGGGAUGCGAGAAAAAACAGUGGCUCCAACAAAAGGUACAUAAAUGGCUCCUGUUUUCGUGUGGUAAUUUUUCAGCCCUGUUAAAGAUACGGUGGUGACUAAUGACCGCUGGUGCAGUAAUGGAUGUUCCUGUCAUCAUGGGGGUGUGUAUACAUGCUCUGAUCGGUACAACCCAGGUAGGUCGGCUUAUAUAUUUGACACACCUUGUACCAUUUUGACAGUUUUGCGCGGUUAUAUUUCUGGCCUCGUCCACAAGUUUUCUCUUGUUUGGCCUUCCGUCCACACGUAUCCGGUGAAAACCGUCACCGAAAACGUAUCUUUAAUGCUCUUCAGAGUGAAGAUUUUUGAAAACGCAGUCUUCACGCCUACCUGCACCCGUGACACGGACGAAAACGAAGACUUUCGGAAACGAUGACGUCAUAUAUCAUGUACAGCAUUACGCAUGCUCCGUAAGGGAUGCUAUAGGGUUUACUUAAUCGUAUUUACAUCGUUUUAGCAUUUUCUUGUGGACGGGCGUAAACGAUUCGAAGACGCUACGUGUGGACGCGUAUUUUUUCGUGGAGAAAAAACUCUCCGUUUUCAAAAAUAUCCCGAUACGUGUGGACGGAGCCUAAGGCCCUUUCUACAUAUACACGGAUCGGGAUAUUUUUCUCCGUUUUGGAAAAAAUACGCGCCCACACGUAGCGUCUUCGAACCGUUUUCGCCCGUCCACACGAAAAAGCUGAACAAUGGCAAUACGAUAAAAUCCCUUACAGGGCAUGCGCUGUAUGAUGUAUGACAUCAUGUAUUAAUAAUCUCGAUUUUCGUCCGUCUACACUAAAACGAUAAUUGAGCUUUUCAAAAACCUUGUUUUUGGUUUCCGAAAACACCGUUUGCGUGUGGAAGGUAGGCUAAAACGGAGCAAAAAAUCUCCGUUUUCGACAAUAUCCGGAUACGUGUGAACGGGGCUUUAGUUAUUCUGACAACUCACACACGUCAGUGGAUUAAACGGCCAUGAACAUCUUAAAACGAUCGUAAGGCCCAUGGGCAAGGCUAUUACCAGGUUCAUAUAAUUUAGCCUCUGCAUCUGGAAAAUCCACGGACUGGUCUUUGUAUGGCCGCAAGUUUCUUUUUAUCAACUACAAGUUUUAUGUCAAUGCCGCUGUUUUUAUCUGAAGAUUUCUUUUCCAAGUUGUGACAUUCCUUUGGUUAACUAGGGAAGCUCAUAAAUCAUAAAUGGGAAAAUGCGAUGACGGUGGACAAGUUGUCUUGGGGCUACAGACGCAAUGCAGAUAUCAUGGAUUAUUUGACGAUCCAAGAACUGUUAUAUCAGCUUGUUUCAACAGUCAGGUAGAGGAAUAGACAUUGCCAACUAACAAAACUCACGAAACAAAAAUUGCGGGAAACACUGUUUGAAAUUUUCAUUACCAGUUUUUUUUCUUCGCUCACCUUUUCAUCAGUGCCUUCCCCUAACUUUCCCAAUUCCUGCAAAGGUCAUUUGUAUCGGAACUACUGAACGCUGUCAAAUUUGAUAUACGCUAAAGAAGUAUUAGAAAGGAAGCGGUUACCGUUUGCCGCUUACGGGCCAUUUUAAGGCUUUUCAUCUGUGUGAAAAUUUGCGUGGCGCAAAACCCUUUUAUAGUGAAGGCGCGCGGUGCUGCGAUCACGUUAAGUUGCAACGCUCAGCGUUGGUUCAGAUUCGACUUUCUCAACCGCAAUCUUUUUCUUAGACCAAUAGAACUUUCACGGUAAUCAGGGUUUGGGCUUGCAAUUAUGCUUGAAAUAAAGAAGAUACCUUCUUCGUAUUUUGAGGUUUAAGUAAAAAUAAAAAUGAUAAUAAUAAAACGUUUCUGUAUUGCUGUUUUAUGCAGUUGCGGUGGAAACCUAUUGAUGAAUGUUGGCCCAACUGCAGAUGGAAGAAUCAUUCCAGCAUUCCAGGAACGACUGCUGCAGAUGGGAGAAUGGCUGUCUGUCAAUGGUGAGGCUAUUUAUAGCACGAAGCCCUGGAGAGCUCAGAAUGAUACCAUUAACAAAAACGUGUGGUGAGUUUAGAAUAUUUUACUAUAGCAAAGAUCGGUCCAUUUAGGCCUUAAGGUUGAGCAUAGAAAAACGUGCAAUCUGUCUCGGAGUCCCGGAGGGUUCGUACAAAAGACGCAACUUGCACCGCGCACUGAAAACAAGCAACCUCUUCCUAGCGCGGGAGAGUGCGGGACAACUUCAAACGCUAAGCGUGAAUACGAGUAGGAAACCCGAAGCGUGUGCGAAGCUAAGCGCGGGAAAAUAAAGGGAAAAAAUAGAUCCUCUGUCAAACGGGGUCAAAAGCGCGGGAAGACGGGGAACCUCUGUCACUAUUUUGCUGUUACUUAUAGCGCGACUUUUGCUGGCACUUACAGUGCCACUUUAGUUUCCAAGUGGAAAGCACGCAGCUCUUUUGUGAAGGAAGCACUGAAACACGUGAAAAAUAUACAGACGGGUGCCAGGGGAGGUUUAACAGCAAGGAAUACCUUCUCUAUUUUUGUUCUCGAAUACAGGCAGCGUCACUGAGAGCAGUGAUAACAUUUCCGUGCUGGUUUAUAAUGAUCCGAGGAGAUCAAUACAUGGUGACGAUGAUGUUAAUGCUACUGAAAGCAAAGAGAAACCUAAUACCCUUGAAAUCGUCUUGGUGCGUUUAUAUCCCAAAUUAAAGCAAAUAAGUGUGACUAGCUACAUGGCUGCAAAAGUCACGGUCUCAGUCUAUUAACCCUUUCAACCCUGGGAAUUUGGCCGAAAAUCACGUUUUGAAGCUAGUGGGAGGGGACAGGGGGGUGACAACCUCCCGCUUCCCGUACCCCGUUCUCCCGCCUCCCGUACCUUUUUGUUCCUUUGUCUCCCGACUCCCGCCCUUUAUUGUAUUUUUCCCAUCAUCAUGUAAAUUAAAAAGAUCAGAAGCCCAGGUUUAGUGUUAAAGCUGUAGGGUAAUUUGCCAAAGAUGAAAAUUGUUACAAGUCAGUUUUCUUAGUUAAACUGAGUUUUCACUAACCUGGUUAUCUAGGUUUGACCACCGCUUCUGACAUCCCACUACAGCGACAAUAGUGUCAGUCCACUGUGCAGUGCAAUAGCUAUUGCAGUUAUCAAAGAUGCAUUAACAUGCAUUUAGGAAUCCCGAAAUUACAGGGAUCAUGCCAAAAUGAAGUCGAAGGGCCAAACGUUACGGUAGAGUUCAGUACUCCUGUCUAGUUCCCAGCGUCUAAUUGUACUAAUUGCAUAUCCACCGCGGUUAGUUUUCGUUAUUUUUCGUAAGUAGUCGUAAGCUAUAAAAACUGACUUCAACGAGGCAAUAAUUGCAUGUUCUUUAACCGUUUGCAUUUUAAAACGUUCAGUUUAGUGCUGGUGGAGUAUUAUUGUUUGCUGGUUAUCAAAUCUCAAACCUAUUCAUAUUUGCUCAAGAAGUUGUAUCUUUCAUCAAACAUCGGCGGGGAGGUUUAACGGUUAUACAUACAUUUUUACAUCGGAAUGAUGCAUCUAUGUCCGAUUUUAACAAAAAGCAUUUGAAGAAACUAAUGUUUUGCUGUUAUUGGCUUAUUACAAGUUAAAUAACAGGACAGGGAACAGGUUGCAAUAUGUGUAAAAAGUGCCCGUAUUUUGCUACAGUAAACAAACUAGAAAAAGUCUUCCAUGCGCCGAGGAGGUCGCACUGAUCUCCUCCUACUCCAAAUGUUAGUUAGAGCAGUAAAGUCUGCCUCCUCUUCCUCCGAGUCGAGGGAACUUUCUAGAUUUUCUUCAUUUUCAUUGGCUUCCAGAUCACAUUCGCCUCGACAGUCAGACAGAAUCUUACAGAAUGUUUCUUCAUUUACUUCCAAACAGCUAUCAAAUAAUCGCAUUGCAUCUUUGCUUAUUUCGCAAAUAAUGUUACUCUUCUUGCAUAGUGCUUCUUCGCCAGACGUUUGAAAGAUAAAAGAACUUUCAUCGAUGAUAACAUAAUAAUAGUACCAACGAUAUCAUUUGCGUCUAUCUUGCUUGAAAUAAAAACUGAAAAAAAGUUGGAUUGCUUCUGAUUGCAUAAAUUCCAGUAUGUGGUGCCUGAUGAGUGUUGAGAUCGCUUUAAUUUCCAUUUCCAGGCUCGGUCACGGGCUCUUCGUCGCAGCUACUGCUAUUCCCUGGAGGAUUCGUUGGUUAUCUGCUUCCUUUGCAGAACUGACAGCCUCAAAUAGCUCUUGCAUUGAUGUUAGAGCUGGUUCUUCAGCAUUUUUGUAUGGCUCUUCCGACAUGUACAUGUAAAAGGGGAGAGUACCGGCUUUGUCUUUCGUGAAAGAAUUUUGGACCGACUGUUGCCUAACCCCUCGUCCAAACUCAUUUCUCCAAUCGUUAAGACGUUUGAUGUCCUCCUUAUUCAGGAACGUAGUUGGUUCUUGUGGCACUAGGAGCAAAUCUUCAUACUUAAUUGAAAAGUGUGAUGGUAACUCGUAGUGCUGUUUCUCCCGAGUAAAGCAAAUAUAUCCAGGCCAGGCAAUUCUCUUUAAGGUCUCAUCCGCAGCCUCCACGAAGUCCAUCGCACAAUCUAGCACGGUGGGUGUGUCUGUUACUUGUCACAAUUCGCUGUUCAAAUACUCAUUGACAAGUGUGAGGAAUGUUCUUACAUCGGCAACUUCGAGUAGAUGUGCACAUUCUUCACUAAAUCGGGUCCGAAGGCGAUGAAGGAAGUUUUUCCAAUUUCACCGGAAGUAAUGCUCUUUUUUCUAUCCCGAGUGCGAAUUUACGUUUUUUGACUUUUCUCGCAUUAAAAUUUUGAUUUAGGGCCUGGGAGAACGUGAAAUGGAAGUCAAGAAACGUUGUUGGGUUCGUUUCUUUGACUGGAUGAUGAGCAGUAACAAUUAACGAAAGCUUGCAUUUUGGAAUUUCUCUCCCGCUUCCCGUCAUCAUAGAGAUCCCGCUUCCCGCCCUUUCUUCUCCCGUCUCCCGUACCCCUCCCGCCCCCUGUUCUCCCGGGCUCCCGCCCCCCUGUCCCCCUCCACAAGCUAGUAGAGCCGUUUUCUGGUCUCUUUCCCCAUUUUUUCUUUUGCUGAACAUAUAGUAGGCUUCAUUUCAUUGUGAAAAGUUUUUGGGAAAGUUUUUAGGAUCUUAAGAUUAGAUGAACGGAAAGGUAGGUGGGUAGUUGAACAAGAUUUUCAUGGGAAUUGUCGGUUGAAAGUUACAUUUUUUUUGUCUUAUUCUCCAACCUCCUUGCCCGAAUCAUGCUCAUUCUGGCAUGCUUUGAAAGAUCUCUUCACCCUGCACAAGUUAGCUGACAAAGUUGUCCUUGCCCGUUAAAACGGAUGACGUCACAAGUGCUGGAAGGGACGUAGAUCCGCACGGGCGGGUCCUGGGCGAAUGGGUUAAGUUAUAAGUGGAUUCGUUUUUCUUGAUCCUUUGUUCCAGAUUUAGCUUCAGCUGUUUGCAGAUCUGUUCUUUUUUUCUCAGGUACACGUCAAAACCUGAUGCAGUGUACGCUAUUGCUCUUGAGUGGCCUUCAGAUGAACUUACCCUCGGAGCUCCAAUCAGCACCAGUGGAACUCAAGUUACCAUGCUGGGUUAUGAAGGGGAGUUUCACUGGAAACCAGCGACUGACAAAGGCGGAAUUAUCAUCUCUGUUCCUUGUAUUCCAGCAAAUCAACUUAAGUCCAGAUGGGCCUGGGUUUUUAAGCUUGUAAACGUUCGUUAAAGCCACAACUUGGAUGAAAAAUGCCUGGAUUAAAAGAAACUGAGAACCUUUGUGGACCGACACAAUAUAAACAGUAAAAUUUUCGUACUGAUUUUCUAGAUACGCAAAUGAUUUUUGAAUAAAG